AUGAGCUGCUUUUGCCCCCCGGACGAAGAAAUCUUCGACGAGGAAAACAGCGACGAGGUAUCUUCCAGAGGGCCGCAACCAUGCGGCGGCGAAAACACUGCUCCUGGGAAUGGCGUUCACCAACAGCGCGAAGCCACGUCAGCUGGAGCCACGUCAGCUCCUGCUGAAGCAGGUACAACCCCGGCCAUUCCGCCUGAUGCGGCUGCAGCGUCGUGUUUCCCUCCCCCUCCCCCUGCUGCGGCAUCCGCGGACUCCAGGUUGCGCGCAAUUGAAGCCUUCCCCUUGCGGCGCAGCGCUCUUAAGCGAAACUUGGGCGCUGGGAAUCAGCAGCAGCAGCAAGCGGAGGGACAGGCGCAGGGACAGGCGCAGGGGCAGCAGCGGCAAUGGCAGUCGUGGUUCCGGAGUCGUUCCCCGCAGCAGCAGCAGCGGGACGGCGGCGGCGGCACCCGCGCGGAGGACGCGGAGGCGGAAGACGACGACGGGCGCGCGCGGGACGUUUGGGAGGCGGCGGAGGAUAACACGCUGGGCGCGUGGGCGAAUCCGGUCUCCGCCUCCCUCCGCUUCACCCGCGCGGCGCUCACGCGCAGCAGCAGCCGCGCGGCGGCGUCGAUCCGCGACGCGCAGCACCUGCUGUGGCACAGCAUCGGCGGGGGGAGCGGGCGUGAGGGGACGGGGUCGAGCAGGCAGGACAUGGGCGCAGCCGCGGACCAAGCGGUGCGCCUGGCGCGGACGAGCGAGGAAGGGGAGAGGGAGGGGGAAGAGGAGGAAGAAGAGGAGGGGGAGUGGGAGAGGGGAGGAGAGGCGGAAGGGAAGGUGACGGGGAAAUGGGGUAGAGGGGCGGCGGAUAAGGGCGACGAGGGGCACGGGGCGGAAAAGGUUGAGAGCGGUGCAGGGGGGGUUGGAUCGGCGGGGCUGGGCGGGGAGAGAAGAGAGGGGGUUGAGAGGCGGAAAGCGGACGGUUGGGUGCGGAAUGAUAGAGACGCGGAGGGAGGAGGUCGAGAAGUGGAGGGAGCGUCUGAGUUCCCGGAUGGUGAUGGGUUGAAGGAGAGUGGUAAACUAGGUGUGGUGGUGGUAGGCGGGCGUUCUAACACCGAGGGGGCGGCACAGGUUGCAAGGGGAGCGGGAGAAGUGGGAAGAGGGGCGGCAGAGUGUGCAGGAGACGCAUCAGGUGCUUUUGCAGCACAGAGGGGGGUGAUUCAAGGGCAAGGAGGUUCCGACAGAAAGGAGGAGUGCGGCAUUGCAGAAUGUGCUUCAAUUGAAGGGCGCGACGCUGGCAAGGUGGGGCCUAGGGAGGCUGAUCCCGGGGGUGACCGUGACAGUAACGAGCGGAGACAGGUUGGGGGGAGUUCAAGCGCUGUUGCCUGCACGGUGGAGAGCAGAGAGGGGGCGGGUGAUUCUGAUUCCGUGUGUGCAACAGGCGCCACUGCUGGUACAGAAGACCGGCAGGAUUCGCAAAGUCUGGAAACGCGAGCAGUGGAGAACCAGCAGCAGCAGCUGCUAGAAUCAAAACAGGAUGCUGCUUCUUCCUUGAGUUUGCCGCCAGGUGAUGCAGAAGCAGCAAGCAAUCCUGUUUGUCCGGCUGUUGGUUCUGCCAGGCUGAGCAGUGGUGGAGGAGACGAGGAGCGGGGACCCGGGAUGGGUGCAGCAGCAGUUGCAGCAGCAACAGAAGCAGCGGUAGCAGCAGCAGCAGCAGCAGCAGCAGCAACAACAGCAGCAGGAGCAGGCGGAAGGUUAGGGUUAGAGGCGGUGGAGGGGGGGGAGGUGUUGGAAUGGGGAGAGGUGGUGAAAGGGGAGAAGGGAGCAAGUAAAAGUUUGGAGAAUGAAGGCUCGGGAAAUGCGGGUUUGGGGGAUGCAGGGUCGGAAGAUGCAGAUUUAGAAAAUGCGGAUUCACAGGUGCACUGUAGCUUGAAUACGGAGGCAGAACGAGGGGUGAUGGCAGGGAGGAUGGCAGACGAAACAGCAGGCAGGGUAGAGUUGGAUAUGCAGGAAGAAAAAGAGGUAGUCGAAGGGAAGGAGGAUGGAGACAGAGAAAGGGUCGGUCCAGGUGUGGCAUCCCCUCUUAGAGGUGCAAAUUUUUGUCAUGAUAACGCGUUAUCCAACAGACGAGAGCAGCAGGAGCAGCAGCAGCAGCAGCAGCAGGCGGAGCAGCAGCAGCAGCAGCAGGAAACACCUGACGCCGUCCCGCAUUCGGGAAUGCAUCCGGGGGUGCCGGCGCGGCUGAUGCUAGGCCUGGAGCACUCAGGAGAGGUGCUCAUGUCUCACUCCCACAGGGGCGGGCGGGCGCGCAGCAGCAGGCGAAUGGGGCAUGGUGCAAAUGGGGAGGUUCGGGCACAGGAGGAGGUCAGUGGGGCUUUCACGUCUGUGCUUUCGCUGAUCGAUUCCGAGGAUGAGGAUGAGGAGGAGGAGGAGGAGGAUGAGAGGGGGGAUGCUGGAGGAAAAGGUGGUAGCAACGGUGUUAGUACCGGGGAUAGGGGUGAUGAUGGGGAAGGUGACUAUAACGGCGGUGAUAGUAAUGGUGCUGAUGGUGUUGGCAGUAAUGUCACUGCACCCACCACGAGUGCCAGCGACCCCAACAGCAAGUCACCUCAGAGCCAGUCGUCUGGUUCCGGGACGGGGCGUAGGAGCCCCCUGGGGCUGCAACACCACGCUGCUGCUGGUGGUAGCAGGACGGAUGCACGAAGAGAAGCUGCUGCUGCUGCUGCUGUUCCUGCCAUUGCCGCCGCUGGUGCUGCUGCUGCUGCUGCGGCUGCGGCUGCUGCUGCUGGUGGUCGAAGUGGAGUGGGUGGAAACAAGGGGCAACCCAAGGGUGGACCUCUGCAGGACCGAGCCUCGAACUACGCUAGGCUCGGCAAAGGGGCGGUUUCCAUCCCGGCCAACUCGCUAGGUCUGGUAACCCCGUCUAGGCUCGUGCGGGUGCAGUCUUUGGAGCAGAGGCUCAUGCAGGAAGCGGAAGUGGCAGACGCUUCUGCCAUGUAUGCUGCGGUUGUGGGGCCAGGAGGCUCGGCAGGAGGCUCGGCAGGAGGUUCAGCAGGAGCUUCGGCAGGAAGGGAGUUCAGUUCCGCACGCAGCGGCGCAGCGGCAAGGCACGGGGAAUCGAAAGCAGUAGGAGCAGCAGGGGGAGGAGGGGGAGGAGGAGGAGCAGGAGGAGGAGGAGGAGCAGGGGCAGCGGGAUUUCGAGGAGGGGGGGUGGGAAGAGUAGGAGCCGGGUUUGUGGGCAGUGGGACAGUGGCUGCAGGAGCAGAGAGGCGCAGAGCAAUCAGGGGAGCUUCCGGGGGGGAGUAUGGUGGGGGCGAGGGUGGGGGGGAGCGAGAGGUGGGGGGAGAGCGGAGGAGGGGGAGUAGGGGGAGGCUGGUUCCCCCGAGUAGGAGUUAUAGCGUGGAGGGGAGUGAGGGGGGUGAGGGGGAUGACAGGGAUGAAAGGGAGGAAGGGGAUGAGAGGGAUGAGAGGGAUGAGAGGCGGCAAGUGCAUAGGCAUAGGCUGAUUCUACAGGAAGAGGGGGAUCCGCCAAACCAGAUGGGGAUGGAGGGGGCGAGGCUGGGGGGAGGAGUGGAGGGGGGGGGAGGGGGAGGGGGAGGGGUGGCAAGUUUGGGGGGGGUUGGGGGAAGGAGUGCAUCAGGGAUUGGGGAGGUAGGGGGGGAUGAGGGUGAGUUUAUGGUAAUGCAUUGGCCAUUGCCGGCUUUGCAGGAAAAGGGUUCGAGGAGACAGCGGGACGACGGUGGUGGUGGUGGGAGGGGAUAA